AUGCAUAACAAUACUGAUUUACCGAAUAAAGACGUGCAGGAGUUGGACAAUGAAGUUCAUCAUAGGAUUCAUGUUGAAAGUGCGAUGUCCUCCCCACAUCACACAAAAAAACCUUGCAUAACAUUUGCUGAAGGAACUCAAUCAACUGAAGUAUCAUCUUCACAAAAUACAUGUUUCUACAAAGAUGCCCUCAGCCAACCAAGCUCUGACUUAUCCCAUCUGCAAAAAUUGCUUUGGCUACAAAAACGACGGGAAACGGGAUUGUGGGUGCAAUGCGACGACUGCAACCGCUGGCGGUAUCUACCACAUAUCGUCGAUUCUCACGAAUUGCCAAAAAAAUGGUACUGCAAGAUGAACUCAGAUAAAUCAGCAGCCGAUUGUUCGGUGCCAGAGGUACCUAUAAAAUUGCGCGAAGAGGAGGAUCUUAUUCACAGCGAGUAUUCGGCGGGAUCAGUAGUAUGGGCGAGACUGGCCGGUUGGCCCUGGUGGCCAGCUAUGACCCAUUACAACGUGGUAUUCUUCGAUGCUUUCGAGGUCACUAGAGCUUGGAUCAGCCCAGAAAAUUUGAGGCCGUACUCUUCCAACAAGAAUUCUCUAAUAAACAUAACCAAAAAUAAAAGAUUUAAGAAGCGAUUGGACGUUGCCCUAAAACAAGCUGACGACGCCGACAUGCUGCCUUUAGCUAAUCGCUUAAAUAAAUAUAGUUUCAUUAAUAGAUACAAAGGAACCAUUUGUAAACCAAAAAAAAUAAGCAAGGAAUAUAUAAAAAAAUUCAAGAAACAGAUAACAAAGCAGUUGAACGUAGAUUACGUAGAUGAAAGCGACACGGAUUCUAUAGAAAGUUCAGAUUCCGAAUUGGCUCUGAGCAGUCCUAAAGGGCAAACAAUAAAAAGAAAAAAUGUUAUUAUAGUCGGCUCAUCCAAAAGAACAAAGCAAUCCUAUUCUAACGUACAGGAGAAAUCAGAACGCGAUGUUACAGCAAAUGAUGCUCCUGUUGCUGAAUCUAAUACUGGCAACAAUGAGGCAGCUACGGAAGUAAAUGACAAUACUGAGCUCCCAGAUAAUAAUACAAAUGUUUACCAUAAACAACCUAAUUCGAUGACUGUACAAGUUAGCUGUACUCCGGCAUUUGAUACUAUGAAUAUUGAUAACGACUCCUCUAAAACAUACGUUCCUGAUAGUGAAACAGGCCCCGCAUCGAUGGAUAUUUCACAAACACAAUCUGUGUUGCAAGAUAUACAAGUUUCCGUCGAUUCACCCAGUAGCGACGAUUUUGAAUUUUAAUAUUCUAGAUUAAAUACUAACUUACAUACUUUAUUAAUAUUGCUUGUUAGUAAUGUAGUUUGUAUAAGUAAUUUAUAUGAAUAUAAUAAGAAAAACUACACAUGAUUUUUGUAUUAAUGUAAGCUUAGAUGUUAGUAUCUGCAUAAAAAUUCUAGCAAUAAUUCAUUAUAAUGAAAUUUAAUUAAAACGGUCUUAAGAUUUAUUAUUUCAAUAUUCACAUUUCUAGGGAUGCAACGAAGUAAUGGAAAACAUCGACGGUAUAUAUCUGUCGUGGCCAUAGUAGAAUUGAUCAAUUCAUGAUGCGGCCGGCCAUUUCAUAAAUGGUCGCAUUUCAUGAAAUGGAAAAAUAGCUACUCACAUCAUGAUGUGGCUUGGCCAGAUCAAAGAAUAAUCCGCGUUUAAUGAUAAGCACGACUAAUAGUAUGACGUGAUGCUUCAUGAUUUGGCCAAGCAUUAGUGCCCGAUCAUACAUCGUAAAAUUGAUACAUUAGUCUCCUUUAGAGGCGCUGAUGUCGCAUGUGUACACU